AUGGAAGCCGCUAUUAGAGGUGGCUUGACAUGUAGAGUAGCCAACGCCCACAGCGGCGCCAUCCACGAAAUAUCAGUCCCCGUAGACAGCGGAGACGACGCCUACGAGGCGCUGAGCCGCGCGGUCGAGAACGCGCUGGGCGGCGAGAAGAUCGUCCUCUACGGCCCGCCCUGGCGGAGCCUCGACGCCGCCGGCGCGCGCGCGGCGCUCGAGGACGCCCGGACGGCGUCGGGGGCCGCGCCGCCGCGGGUCGUCGCGUUCGACCCGGCUCAAAUACGGGGCGAGGCGACGCACGCGAGCUACGAGGCCGACGCGGCGGCGGGGCGCGCCGUCGAGGCGGGCGUGCGCGUGCCGCGGACGCUGGCCGAGGCCAAGGGCUGGGGUUUGGUGCGGCGCGAGUCGUCGGCCGACGCCGAGGCGGGCUCGUCGCCGGGCUCGGGGCCGCUGCAGCGCGCGCUCGGCGACUUCGCGACGCAGUUUCGGUUAAGACGCGCCCAGGGCACGACGCGGCGUCGACGACGUUUUGGGCGCCUUCAAACGCAUCGACGCGCCCCUCGAUGGCGUAUAUGUUGCGCGUCGAUGGCGUAGAGGGAGACGCCAAACCUACGCAGGUGAAGCCUACGAGCGCGCCGCGGCGGCGCGCGCGCACGCGUGCGCGGGCCUCCGCCAGCGCGCGGCGGUCCGCGACCUCGGCGUCCGGGCCGCGCUCGCGACGCUCGUGGACCACGCGGCGGCGCUGACCGAGGCGCACGACGCCGUGCGGCGGCGCGGCGCGCGCCACGGCGCCGCGCAGCGCGACGCGCUCGAGCGCUUCGAGGACGACCUCGACGUGCGCGCGCGGCGUCCGGUAUCAUUACGCCAUCGAUAGCGUAUAUUUCUCGCGUCGAUGGCGUGGAGGGAAUCCUCCCAUCUGACGCGACGCAUCGCCAGAGAUCGGAAAAAUCAACGCGCUGACGCGCAACACCGCGAGAGAAGAAAAAAAACAAGAACAAAAACACAGGCCCUCGACGGCGCGCCCCUGCACCCAUCAUUAGCCAAGGCCCUGGACGAGACGGCCGGCACGCAAACCGACGCGAAGACGCUCGCGGCGUGCGUGCCGCGCGACCGCGUGCGCAAGUGGGCGGAACACUGCGCGCGCGCGCUCGCCCAGUUCGAGGCCGACGGCGAUAGAAUAAGGGCCGUGGUCGGCGACGUCGCCCAACGCGUCGGCACGAGAGUGGGCGCGGCCGCGGCUCAAGCACGCGCGGACGCUUUGGACGCCGUCGAGGCCGACGCGGCGGUGUGUGCGGCACUAGCGCAGCGCCAGGCGGCCCUGGUCGAAGCUCUAGGUAGGGACGAGCGCGACGCUUCUGACUUGGUGGCGAAGCACUGCGUCGACGACCCGAGCGUCGGGGACCUCGCGGACGACCCUACUUCAUCGCCGCGGGCGCAGUUCGACCUCGACCUGAGCGGCGACAACGUGCUCAAAGGAAGCUUGUUGGACGACGACGACGACGAGGCCGAUGAUACUUUUGGGACGCCCACCAAGUCCUCGGCCGUCGCGCUGGACGCGUGUCGAGAGUUGCAGGCGCGCUGGGAGCGGCGGGAACGCUUGCUGCCCAUCAUCAAGGCCACGGAGCGUAGUAUAGCGCAGUGCGCUCGAAGCUGCGCGUCCCGAGCCGACGCCUUAGCGACGCGAUCCCUGGAGGAACUACGAGGUGUCGGCGAGCUCCAGACCACGAUCCACGACGCCCAGGCGAACCACCUCGAGACGCAUAGUGAUGCGUUGGAGGCGAAGGCUCGCGCAUUUGCCCAAUUGGACACGGUGCGCGCUUUACCUAGAGUGCACGCCGCAUUAUGUCUGGAAGUGGCGCGGCGCCGUUCCUACGGCACGGCCGCCGCGGCCGUCGUGCAAAAGGCGACGGAGGACGUGGCGCGGCUCCGGGAGGUGGAGACGAAGCGUCGAGCCAAGUUCAGCCGCCUCCACGGCGCGCGGCUGCCGCGGCCUUUGUUGAGAGCCGUGCCGGGUUUGGUCGACCCGCCGGCGCCCUUUACGCCGACCUUCGCGCCGGACGAGCGCGAGCUGCCGUGCAUCAGCGUCGAGGAUUUGAGAGAGGACGGCGCGCCGCGGCCGCGCGCCGAUUCCUCUGAUUCGGCCUUGGCGCCGCCGAACCAAGCGUCAUCACAUCAUUCUUCCGAUGUGGCCAUGGAGGAGAAGGAGGGCUCGAGCUCGUCGGACGACGACCACGACGACGACGACGAGCAGGCGCUGCGCGCGAAGUGCGCGCGCCUCGAGUGCGAGCUCGCGGCGCUGCGCGCGGAGGCCUGCGAAGAGAAGCCGCGCGCCGUGUCCGCCGAGGACGUCUCCGAGGCCGAGGAGGGGCCGCCGCAGAUUUCGUUCCGGCGCUUCGAGCUCGGCGACGUGGCGCUCUUCCUGCCGACGGGCGCCGGCGACGGGCGCAAGUCGUACCUGGCCUUCCACCACGGCUGCCCGCACCGCUACCUCGCUCCGUCGAGCGUCGAGGCGAUCCGGGCGGCGCACCAGCGCUACCCGGACUUCAUCCUUGGCCGCGUGACGCGGUGCGACGCGCGCGAGGCCUCGGACGCGGACAACCCGUUCCGCCUGCCGCCCGGCACGGCGUUCCACGUGCUGACCGUCGAGAGCCUCUGA